UCAAAACCACAUCGCUAUAAGUUCUCAGACUGAAGCCGAAAACCACUCCCUGAUCUCUGUUGCUUGCUGUAACACUCGGCGGAGACAAUGGCGGGAAAGCAAGUUGCUGACGAAGGUUUGCCAGCCAACAUUGCCGGAAUGUCGAAGAACCAGCUUUAUGAUAUUAUGUCAAACAUGAAGACACUUAUAGAACAAAACCAGCAGCAGGCGAGGGAGAUCCUUAUCCAAAAUCCUCUCUUGACGAAAGCCCUUUUCCAGGCUCAGAUUAUGCUCGGAAUGGUUAAGCCCCCUCAAGCGAUUCCAGCUAUUCAGCCACCUGCAUCACAACAAUCUCAGCAAUCAGUACAACCACCCCCUCAGCCAAAUAUCCAGCCAGCACAUUUGUUGCCGGGUCAAGUUCGCUUGCAAGAACAAGCUGCUCCAUCCCAGAUCCAAGCUCCUGUAAGGAAACAGCAUCAAAACCAAGCUGGGACAAGAAUCUCCGUUGCUUCUGUUCCUGCUGCAAAUCUUCAGUCUCAAUCCAUACCACCACAUUCCCUACAGACACCACAGCAAACAAAGGUCCAUUUGAAUCCUCCAAUGUCUCUUCCACAUUCCUCCCAACUCCCAAAUGCACCUCAACUUCCUCUGCAGUCACCUUUACAUCCUCCUGCUCAUCAUCAAACCCAUAUGUCAACAUCCUCUAGCCAGUUGCAGCAGUCAUUUCAAACAACUGGAAUUCCUCAUAUGCAUCAGCAGCCACCAAUACAACCACAGGCUCGACUUUCAUCAGCUCCGAGUUUCCAUCAUCAGCAUGCCCCACAAAUGGGUCCUAAUGUUGGUUUCCAACACCCUGGUGCUCAGCAUCUUUCACAGCCGAUGUUCCAUUCAGGUAAUAGACCUCCUAGCCUUGGACCUUCGUUUCCACAAGGGCAGCCACCGCGUGCAAAUCAGCUGCCAGCUCAAUCAAUGUAUCAAAAUCAGGCAGGAGCCUUGCAUUUAGGAUCCGAGUUUGGCAACCAAGUAGGAGGUUCGAUGCAGGCAGAUAGAGGAUCUUCGUGGACACCUAGUCAACCAGAUAAUUCAACACUAACUCAGUUGCAAGGACCCUCACCAUUGGUUUCCAGUCAGAUGGUUCCAGGAAAUCAGCCCCCUCAUCCUGCAUCGUUGACUCCUGAGAUGGAGAAGGCGUUACUUCAGCAGGUGAUGAGCCUCACUCCGGAACAGAUUAAUCUCUUGCCUACAGAGCAAAGGAAUCAAGUGCUUCAGCUCCAGCAAAUUCUGCGCCAAUGACAAGACUCUACUUCAGCUAUGUUUGCAUGCCAUAUACUGAUAAAAGAAGACAAAUCUCAGCUGACUAAAAUUGAUUGAUUUGCUGCUUUAAUACAGCUGCCAAUUCAGCAUUCAUCUCAUUUGAGCCUGCCUUGUUUAUUUAUUUGUAGGUUGAUAGCUUCUGAAAGUUGAAUUCUAGGGGCAGAUUUGAAGGCCCUAAAUUUCUUUCAUGUGUUGUUUGUACUGUGAUGAUGUAGUAUCUUUUUCUGCCGCUGUUUAUUUGGCUUAAGCUAAUCAAAAUUGAAAACUAAUGUACACUUCUGGACGUAGGAAUGUGACACUCGAGUGUAUAUGUUGCCUAA